GCAUUGCUUUUGGCAGAGGGGUGGCUCACUUCGAAACAAGUGACAAAGACACAUGCAUGUUCAUCCACUCAACGGUCAAGAUUCUCUCUAUUUCCCAUCAUUAAACUCCACCUUCACCGUUCGAUUCAUCUCUAUCACACACCCUCUAACAACUAACCAUGGUUAGUUAAAUAUUUCCCAUCUAUCUUCUCUCAACCAUUUUCCCCUUCAUUUCCUCUCUCCCUCAUAAUGAAGUGGUUUUGUUCUUUCUCUCACUCUCUCAACUCAUCUCUUCAUAACUCUCUCUACUCAAUAAUGUAAUUAAUUAAGCUUAGAUUUUCUUAGAUCUAUCCAAUUUCAUCAUCUUUUUUGUCAAUUUUCUUCUCUUCCAUACAAAUUUUCAUUUUUUUUCUUCUUCUUCAUAUCUACUGUAACCGUAUUAGAAAAUUUGUGUUCUUUAUGGUAGUUAUCAUGCAGAUCCAAACUGAAAAAUGUAAAUUUUACUAUUUUCAUUAGUAAUUUUUAUUAGUACCCUUUUUGUCUUUUAAGUUAUUUUACCUUUUUUUUUUUUUCCUUCUAGAUCUCUCAUCAUGUUCUAGUUUAAGUCAAGAUCUGUUUUUUCCACUCUGAUCUCAAAAGGGUAUUCUCAGUUUUUUAGAUCUUGUUUUCUAUCUUUGUUUUUUGUUUCCUUGUUAAGAGAGUAUGAAAGUUUUCCACGAAAGUGUUGAAAAUUGGAUCUUUUGAGUAAUUGAAAGAAAGAAAAAAAAUGAAUUAUUUUCCAGACGAGGUAAUAGAACAUGUGUUUGACUAUGUUGUGUCACAUAGUGACAGAAACUCUUUGUCUUUGGUAUGCAAAAGUUGGUAUAGAAUAGAAAGAUUUACAAGGCAAAGAGUUUUCAUAGGAAACUGUUACUCAAUUAGUCCUGAGAGGUUAGUGGAAAGGUUUCCUGAUCUGAAAUCUUUGACUUUGAAGGGUAAACCUCAUUUUGCUGAUUUUAGUUUGGUUCCUCAUGGUUGGGGUGGUUUUGUUUAUCCAUGGAUUGAAGCACUUGCUAAGAGUAAAGUUGGAUUGGAGGAACUUAGGUUGAAGAGGAUGGUGGUUUCAGAUGAGAGCCUUGAGCUACUUUCUCGUUCUUUCAUGAAUUUUAAGUCUUUAGUUCUUGUUAGCUGUGAAGGGUUCACUACUGAUGGUCUUGCUGCUGUUGCUGCUAAUUGCAGGUCUCUUAGGGAGCUAGACCUGCAAGAGAAUGAAGUGGAAGAUCACAAAGGACAGUGGCUAAGUUGUUUUCCUGAAAACUGUACAUCACUUGUCUCUCUUAAUUUUGCUUGCCUGAAAGGAGAGAUUAAUAUCGGAGCACUUGAGAGACUUGUGGCAAGAUCACCUAACCUCAAGAGUCUGAGGCUAAAUCGUUCUGUGCCUGUUGAUGCUUUACAAAGGAUACUAAUGCGAGCGCCUCAGCUAAUGGAUCUUGGAAUUGGAUCAUUUUUCCAUGAUCUCAAUUCAGAUGCCUAUGCAAAGCUUAGGACUACCAUUCUUAAGUGCACGUCGAUAACCAGUUUGUCGGGAUUUUUGGAAGUGGCUCCUUUUAGCCUUGCAGCUAUGUAUCCAAUUUGCCAGAACUUAACAUCGUUGAACUUGAGCUAUGCAGCUGGCAUUCAGGGCAGUGAACUGAUAAAACUUAUUCGCCACUGUGGGAAACUUCAGCGCUUAUGGAUAAUGGAUUGCAUUGGAGACAAAGGACUAGGUGUUGUAGCUACUGCAUGCAAAGAUUUACAAGAAUUGAGGGUUUUUCCUUCGGCACCAUUUGGAAAUCAAGGAGCUGUUACAGAAAAAGGACUGGUUGCAAUAUCAAUGGGAUGCCGCAAGCUUCACUCGUUACUCUACUUCUGUCACCAGAUGACAAAUGCUGCUCUCAUAACAGUGGCCAAGAACUGCCCAAAUUUUAUCCGAUUUAGGUUAUGUAUUCUCGAUGCAACAAAACCUGACCCCGACACAAUGCAGCCAUUGGAUGAAGGCUUUGGUGCAAUUGUGCAGUCAUGCAAGCGACUGAGGAGGCUGUCACUCUCCGGUCAGUUGACCGACCAGGUGUUCCUUUACAUUGGAAUGUAUGCCGAGCAGCUUGAAAUGUUGUCAAUUGCAUUUGCUGGUGAGAGCGACAAGGGAAUGCUCUACGUAUUGAACGGAUGCAAAAAGCUUCGCAAGCUUGAGAUAAGAGACUGUCCUUUUGGCGACACAGCACUUUUAACCGACAUAGGGAAGUAUGAAACAAUGCGAUCCCUUUGGAUGUCGUCAUGCGAGGUGACUGUUGGAGCGUGCAAGACAUUGGCUAAGAAGAUGCCGAGCUUGAACGUGGAGAUCUUCGGUGAAGGUGAACAAGCAGAUUGUUAUGUGGAAGACGGACAAAGAGUCGAGAAGAUGUAUUUGUAUCGUACAGUGGCUGGGAAAAGGGAGGAUGCACCGGAAUAUGUAUGGACUCUUUAGGUGCAUUUUAGGUUCAGUUUAAUUUUUCUUGUUGUUAAGCUGUUUGUACUUUGUUUAGGCUGACUGAUUAAUGCAAUUUUAUACCCUCCGGAUAUGUAGUGGUUUGUUAUUUUAUUUUCUCUUGAACUUUGCUAGCUUUUUAUACAUAAAUAUUAGACGCCACUUCAUUAAUAUGUUGAA